AUGUCGAAGCGUUUGAUUUAUGGCUCACUAGUCCUAUUGUCGGAAGAUGAAUUCAAGACCUACAUUCCAGCCACUGUAGCAAACAGCGAAGCAAAGCAACUUGCACGUGGAUUGGUUGACCUACGCCCUAUAGAUACAGGAAUGUCAUCUAUUGUUGACAAAACAUUUGUCAUGGUGGAAUCAACAGUUUUCUUCGAGGCAUAUCGACAUGUCUUGGUCGGCCUACAACGGGUAAGCCCUGCAACCUUUCCAAUGGCAGAGCAUAUUCUUGACCUUAAGCCCGACAUUAAACCCCCAACCUACCUAAUGCAACUGAGCCAUCCCAAACUUGACGUGUCAAACCUAAUGGUUGACCGAAACCAGAGGAACAACGCUCGUGACAUCUCUAUGACUAAACUUCAGAAGGCUGCAUCUCGAGUCCAAUCCCAGCACAAACGUAGUCCGAAAAAACACGAAAUUGACACCCCCUUUCCCAUAUCAGUUCUGAAUGGUGAUGCCUGGCCUGCAGCUGAAGAAACAAAUCUGAAUCCAUCUCAGCUAGAAGCAGUAAAAGCAGCACUCACACAGGAACUGUCCCUGAUUCAAGGACCUCCUGGGACGGGAAAAACGUAUAUCGGAUUGAAAAUUGUGGAAACACUUCUCAAGAACAUGCAUUGCUGGUCAGAUGAAGAAACAGGUCCUAUCCUAUUGGUAUGCUACACAAACCAUGCUUUGGAUCAAUUUCUACUCGGUAUCAUGAAAUUUCAGGAUACAGGCAUCAUUAGAGUUGGAAGCCGAAGCAAAUGCAUAGAACUGGAACAGCACAAUCUAAAGCAAGUCAUUCGAAAGCAACGUUUCAAGAAGGAUAUGAGCAAUAAGUACAUCAAACGCCGUGCUGGGAAUGUCAGACAAGAAACUACCUUUGCAAAGGAGGCUCUUGAGGGCUUCCAAACCAGAAUCCAGUUGAGUUCCCAGGGUAUUCUGAGAGAGACGGAAUACAAGCGCUUUCAUAUUAUGUCUGACGAACACUUCAACAGUAUGUGA